AUGCUCCCUCGCUCGUUUGGGCGUGAUUGCGAUCCCCGCGUUCGUGGGUACCGCUCCUCCAACCCGGCGAUAAGCACGAAACUGGAUGCUGCGAUCAUAAACACAGUGUUGACGACGAAACUCGAUUCGGUCCCCGAGAGGAUCCCCACGCUUGCCGUCAACAGCGUCGUUGUUCAACGCACGCAUGACGUGCCAAAUCCACGCCCAAGCCAAAAAAAGCCAUUCUGCGCCGGUACAAGCCACUUGGCCAAGCCAAAAACGUCACUCUCCUCCAUCAACGGGAUCGGAUUCGAGACUGCCCAGGCGAUCGCGAAAUACGCAAACCUGGUUGUGAUCACUGGGCACAACGAGGAGCGAUUGAAACUCGCCGAGGCUGCAAUAAAGAAGGAAGUCCCGCAUGCCAAUAUUCGCGCUCUCCUCCUCGACCUCUCCUCCUUCGCCGCCGUGCGCACCUCCGCAGCGCAGGUGAACGCCUACGAAGAGCCUAUCCACGUCCUGAUCAAUAAUGCCGCGGCCCCGCUCGGCCCGUUCAAGCUCACCGUCGACGGACUGGAGAAUCAAAUGGCCACGGACCACCUCGGGCCGUUCCUCCUCACCGCGCUCAUCGCGCCGAAGAUCCUUGCGGCCAGGACGGAGCAGUUCACACCGCGCGUCGUAUUCGUGUCAAGUCUCGCCCACACCCUGUGCAAGGGCCCCGACUUCGGGACGCUCAGGAAGCCCGACCCGAAGACUCACCAGGCGUUCAGCGCGUACGCCCAGUCCAAGUCCGCCAACGUCCUGACCGCAGCGGAGCUCUCGCGGAGGUCGAACGGAAAGAUCAAUGGGUACAGCCUGCAUCCGGGAGAGAUCCCGACGAAGCUCCUCCUGAAAGAGGAGUCCCUCGAGACGAUAAAGAGCCAAGGGAUCCUUGGGCCGGACGGCCAACCCAACACGCAGGACUUCCACUGGAAGACGAUCCCCGAGGGCGCGGCGACGACCGUGGUUGCUGCGUUCGACCCGCGCCUCGCCGCAAGCCCCGGCGCAUACCUGGACAACUCGGUCGUCGCAAACGAGAAAAUCGAAGAGCACCCCGCGGAUCCGGUGAGUGCUUUAAUGGCAGUUGUGUCUCUUGAGAACAAGUCGCUCAUGCGCGUUUGCGAGGCUAAUGCGGCCAAGUUGUGGGAUUUGUCAGAGGAGAUUGUGGGAGUCAAGUUCACCUUCGAAUAGUUAUAAGGAAGCUACGGGAUGGGCCGCUCGCACUGACAAGGCUGCUUGAAGAAAAUAAACCAGUUUGGAAUUUCCGGUGUGCUAUCCCUCUCGGGCUCGAAAUAUGUUCGAGUUCUCUACUUGAGUCACCAUCGCAUGAGGAGCAAGAUAUUGUGGCUUUAGCAGCCUUACCAUGUUGCGGCGCUGCGAACGGGGUUGGCAGUGCGGAAUCUACAGUAUGUAGAUUUUGCAGACCCAAAUAGUCAUGGUGACGCCAUUCGGAUCUACUCGGCAUGUUUCAAAGCACCGAACGAGCCCGGUAGUUCUACUUCG